CAUACGAUCUGUCAUCAUCCUUCGUACAAUGCGAAAAGGGAAGUUGAAAGAAGUGGGAGAGGGACACCGCGGAGCCUUACGAAAUCUACCGAUUCAGAACCUGUCCGGAUAGUCGGCACACUGUGAAGAGACUCUGAAGUGCUGCGUAUAAAUCGGGCCGGAGACAACACCCCCAUUAUCCAGGCUGCCCUUCUUUUCUUUUUGGUGAGUGGCUUAAUAUUAGCGACCUAAAUGCUAACACUGGAGGGCUCCUCCCGAAGCGGCCGCAGCUAAACAACAUUCACCCAGCUAGCCAACACUUAGUAGGGCCGUGCUAGUUAGCAGUGUAAAUAAGGCUCCUCACUCGGAUGGAUCAACACUAGCAUCGUUAUUCACUUUUAAUACAACAGAAAUGCAGAUUUAAAUCACUGACUGAUGCAGAAGUUUGACUACUUUCACCCUUUUUCGGACAACGUUAGCCAGCUUACAUUAGCUGUACACACCCAAACCUGCAUCAUCAUCUGAGUUCUGACAUUCUCAAACGUUACGUGUUAUUAAAGGAUUUUACCACCACAUCAGCGCUCAGGGGGAGAGACCACACAGAGUGACAUGGCAAGUAGAGGUGGAGCCACGCGACCCAAUGGACCUAACGCCGGCAACAAGAUCUGCCAGUUCAAACUCGUGCUUCUAGGAGAGUCAGCAGUGGGGAAGUCAAGUCUCGUACUUCGAUUUGUCAAGGGUCAGUUUCACGAAUUCCAAGAGAGCACAAUCGGAGCUGCCUUCCUGACUCAGACGGUAUGUUUGGACGACACAACAGUCAAAUUUGAAAUCUGGGACACAGCUGGUCAGGAGCGCUACCACAGUCUGGCUCCUAUGUACUACAGAGGCGCCCAGGCAGCCAUUGUGGUCUAUGAUAUCACAAAUGAGGAGUCAUUUGUACGAGCGAAGAACUGGGUCAAAGAGCUUCAGAGACAAGCCAGUCCAAACAUUGUAAUAGCUCUGGCUGGGAACAAGGCCGACCUCGCUAGCAAGAGAGCUCUGGACUUCCAGGACGCGCAGUCGUACGCAGAUGACAACAGUUUGCUCUUCAUGGAAACUUCAGCAAAAACCUCCAUGAACGUGAACGAGAUCUUCAUGGCCAUCGCCAAGAAACUUCCAAAGAACGAGCCGCAGGCCGCCGGCACCAGCAGCGGACGGAACCGGGGCGUGGACCUGACGGAGUCGGCUCAGCCCAGCAGCCGCCCCUGCUGCAGUAACUAGCCCGGCUCUUCCUCUCCCUCCUCCUCCUCCUCCUCUUCCUCUCGGCUCCACCCGACAGCAUCUGGAACGUCCGACCCGUUUGGGUUCCAGAUGUGCGACCCGCUCUUCACCCUCACCUCCCAGGAUUAGCUGAAAGACUCUGUAUAGCUGCAUUUCUAAUACCUUUUGUUUUGUUUUUUGUUGAUGUUUUUUUUUGUUUUUUAACUUUUUUUAAGAAGUGUAUAUCAGUAUAACGGAUGCAUGUAUCACUACAACUCCUAAAGAAAAAAAACAAAACACAUUUUUAUCUUUUAUUCAGUUUAAAGACUAACUUCCCUUUUCAGAAAGUCGAGAAAGCGAGAAACCUGUGAAUGUGUGUGAGAGGGUUAGUUUCACUGCAGUAGUCUGUUUUUCUUUUUCUUGUAUAUUCUAGAAAAAUCUAAUUGUUCCCAUGUGAGGUUGCUCCACUUCUGCGACUGUUUGUUUGGAGCAACAGUUGAGUUGCCAGGAAAGGACCCAGCAACUCUUCCCAGGAACAAAUCUUCAUCCGAGAUCCAAGUCUUCUUCUGGGAUAUCCGGGGUAAAGCACUGUCCAACUUUAACACAAAGUUUGAAAAAAUAAAAAACAUAAAUCAGGAAACUUCACCUUGUUGCUCAUAUUAAUGACAGAAAAUAAUUUAAGUGUUAAAUUUCCAUUGAGGCCAGUAGUCAACCUCCAUCAAUCUAAGUCUGUUAAAAAUAAAGAAAUGGAAAAAAACAAGAGAAAAUGAUAUGCUCUAAUGUUUCAUAGGGUGCAAUGUCGUCUUCUUCCUUUAUUUCAGUUUGCCUGGAAGUUUAUUUAGAGACUCCGAACAAUUGUACAGUUGAAUAUUUUGCCAAUCCCUCUCUUAUGUUUCCUCUUCAAGCUCCACCUUUUCACAGAAGCUGGUCAGGUGUUAGGCAGUGAUGGUCUCUUUAGAUAUGUGUAGUGUUAUUAACAAAAUCUCUCUGGUGUCUUGUCGCUUUCUUUUUUUCCUAUUAUUAUUAUUUUAAAUUAAGUUUUUUUCUUUCUUUUCCAAAAAAAGAAAAAAAAAGAGAGAAAAGGUCCAUGGUGGAGUUUGAAAGGAACUUCUUUUAUUGCAUUGCACAGUGUUGAUCAUGUUAUAAUAAUUGAUAACUGCCCUUGGGUUUUUAUAUGAUGGACUGUAUUGGAUUUGCUAACCUUUCGGCUGCGGGCGGGGAGCGUAUUUAAUCUAACUGGUGGUCUCUCUUGCAGCUCAAUGGAUUUAAUGAUGUAAAAACAGCAUUACUAGUGAUGGGCUGAUCCGUUUUGAGUGUCUGAAUCUUAAUAAAUCCAAUAAAAUGGUCUCUUGUAUGAUUCUCUGUGUGGAGA